CUCAUGAAAUCCAAAACAGAAGAGCAUUCUUUCCAGCCACCUAGUUUUAUGUCAGAAUGGUCAAGUAAAGAAAAAGCCGAGUUUGCUUUCCAGUUAUUACGAACACUUCCACCUAGCGAAGUAAACAGUGUUAUUCACCGCUUAUCACCUUAUUUACACCAUGAUAUUAUAUUUCAACUACCCUAUGAAAUAGCUCUUUACAUAUUCAGCUUUCUCGACAGUCGCUCACUUGCUCAGGCCUCAAGAGUCUCCAAAAGUUGGAAAGCGAUAUCUGAAGAACAAGCCUUGUGGAGAGGACUGUUUGAGCUACAUGACUGGAAAUACAAUCAUGCAGAGAUGGAAAAUUUCCUUUAUAAUAAACCUCAAGAAGAAGACUAUGAUGCCGCUAGUAGUGGGAGUAGUGGGAAUAUUGCCAUUGUAAACCAGUUCUCGCCUGUUCCGAUCAAAAGAAAUACUUUGUUUAAUCAUACAAAAGACAGACCAUUACUAUCCAUCAAGCGACAAGGGAAAAAAGAGGCAGGUACGCAAAAAAUCGCUAGACAUGAAUCAAAUCUUGAAGAAGCACAGGCCGAGCAUGAAGUAAAUGGCUAUGAUCCUAUCUCCGACACUCGCUUUAUUGACUGGAAAGCACUCUAUAAAAAUCGAUUUGAGAUCCAAAAGAGAUGGUUAUCAGGGAGCUGCAAGGUUGAGAAGUUCCCACCAGACUCAACUCGUAUGGCUGAUAUGCAUUCAGAAGGCAUCUAUUGUAUUCAAUUUGACAAGCAUAAACUCGUAACAGGAAGUCGUGAUAGAACAAUCAAGAUUUGGGAUUUGGCAACUGCAACUUGCAAACUACAGCUAAGCGGUCAUGAAGGCAGUGUUCUUUGUUUACAAUAUGACGACCGACAUGUUGUGAGCGGAAGUUCUGACUCUACUGUGAUCAUUUUCGAUAUUGAAACAGGAAGGGUGUUGCGUACUUUGACUGGACAUCAAGAUAGUGUGCUUGGAAUACGUAUUGUCAAAGAAAAGUGUAUUUUGAGUUGCUCAAAGGAUCGUACCCUGCGAUUAUGGGACAGAGAUACUGGUGAGCUCAUCAGGGUCUUUCAAGGACAUCGAGCAGCUGUCAAUGCAGCACAGUGCAAAGACAACCGGAUUGUAUCAGCCUCAGGAGAUCGAUCCAUCAAGAUAUGGGAUUUAGAUACUGGAGAAUGCUUAAAAGAUUUGACAGGACAUACGCGAGGUGUUGCAUGUGUCGAAUUUGAUGGAAAACAUAUUGUGAGUGGAUCUAGUGACCAAACAAUCAAAGUAUGGGAUGCUUUGACAGGUGAGUGUAUAUAUACCUUGUUUGGCCAUACGGAGCUAGUUCGCGCUAUACAGCUUGAUUCAGCUGCUAGCCUGAUUAUUAGUGGUUGUUAUAAUGGUCAGCUCAAGAUUUGGAGUUUAUCAGAAGGGAGAUUGAUUAGAGAUUUGGGACAGGCUACAGACGGAAGGUAACUGGAUAAAAGAACCCAACAUUAAUCUAACACUGUUUAGAAUUCUAAACCUUAAAUUUGACUGCACAAAGAUUAUGUGUUGUUCUAAUUCAACACAGGUGAUGAUUUACAAUUUUGCUCAUGGGAUUAAUACACGGU